UUAUUCUUCUUUGCUAUAUAGUUUGAAAGAUGCGAAUUUGGAGAAUAUACAUAUAACUGCAUUAAUGAUUUGUUGUACGUCCCUAGACUGUAGUUGAGUAGUUGUGUUUGCCGAGGAUUUUGGAGGGAAAGUUUGAUUUUUGAAGUUCAAAGUUACCUUUUUUCUCAGUUUCUCUCUCUCUCUAUAGCCAAAUUCAUUUAUUCUGAUUUCAUUUGGAUAGCUGUCUGUUUACUUCUCUUUCCUUAUUCUCUCUCUCUCCUCUGUUCUUGUAGAUAUAGAAACUGAGAAAUUAGUUUUUUAGAUUCAUCAUUCAUGCCAUAAUCAGAGAGAUCUGAUCUGAUCUGAUCUGUAGACUUGUUGAAAAAACGCAGAAAACACUCUUUAUUUCUCACAGAUAAGAGUUUUGAGAUUUGUGAUUAUGUGCAUGUAAGAGCUGAAACAAAUCAUCAAGGUGUAGUAGUCAUUGGAUGAGAACUUAAUCGAAUGUCUUGUUCUGACAAAACGACGGUGGAUCCACUUUUGAGAGAUUUAAAUGAGAAGAAAGAGAGUUUCCGGCGGAAUGUGGUGUCUUUGGCGGCGGAGCUGAAGCAAGUGAGGGGUCGUUUGGUUUCUCAAGAACAGUCCUUUCUUAAAGAAACCAUAACUAGAAAAGAAGCAGAGAAAAGAGGGAAGAAUAUGGAAAUGGAGAUGUCUAAAUUGCAGAAGAGAUUGGAAGAAAGGAAUUGUCAGCUUGAAGCUUCUGCAUCUGCUGCUGACAAGUUUAUCAAAGAGCUGGAGGAAUUUAGAUCAAAGCUUGACGCAACUAAGCAAACUGCAGAGGCUAGUGCUGAUUGUGCUCAAUCUACACAUAUCCAAUGCUCAAUGCUUAAAAAACAACUUGACGACAAGACACGUUCUCUCAGAGAACACGAAGACCGUAUGACUCAGCUCAGUCAUCAGCUUGAUGAUCUACAGAGAGAUUUAAGCCUAAGAGAGUGCUCAGAAAAGCAACUUAGAGAAGAAGUUAUGAGAAUCGAGCGUGAAGUUAGAGAGACCAUUGCAAAGGCUGGGAUAAGUGGCAUAGACUGCGAGCUCCGGAAACUUCUAGAAGAUAUCUCUCCAAUGAAAUUUGAGACGAUGAAUAGACUAGUUGAGGUAAAAGACGGAGAGAUUACAAAACUGAAAGAUGAGAUAAGGCUAAUGUCAGGUCACUGGAAACAUAAGACUAAGGAACUCGAAUCUCAGCUGGAGAAACAGAGAAGAACUGAUCAAGAUUUGAAGAAGAAAGUACUGAAACUAGAGUUCUGUCUACAAGAAACACGAAGCCAGACAAGAAAGCUGCAGAGGAAAGGAGAAAGAAGGGACAUGGAGAUCAAAGAGAUAAGAGAUCUGAUGUCGGAGAAACAAGAGCUUAAUGAGUCUUCUUGGGAUAAACAGAAGUUUUGGGACAAUCCAGGGUUCAAGAUCGUUGUAUCAAUGUCUAUGUUGAUGUUAGUGGUAGUCUCCAAGAGAUGA